AUGAAACCACUUAUUCACCAUCCAUACCAUAUAUCACCAGCAGCUCGCAAUUUGAAAAAAGAUAAAUUCACCGUUAUACAUGACAUUGAUAUGUUUCAAGGCAAUACAUUCAUAUCUGUUCCAACAUGUCAUUGGAUAAUCAUCGGCAUCAUGGCGAUCGAGAUAGCUGGUGCAGUAUAUUGUCCGCUGUCACCUCAAGAUCCACUUCACCGUCUGCAUACUCUCGUCGAACAAACUAAUAGUCGCCUUGUUCUCGUUCAUGCAUUCACACGAGAGAUAUUCGAUGGUCAUCAUGCAAUACUAGACAUGGACCUAGUUCUGAAUAUGAGCAGCGGAGUGAGCGACAACGACCGUGAUCGUCUCUCGCACGUUGCAGUGAGUGGCGACAACAUUGGAUACAUCAUAUUCACUAGUGGCUCUACAGGAACACCAAAAGCGGUUCAAGUGCGUCAGCGAAAUUUCCUAGAAGCCAUUCGCUCUCUAGUCGAAGUGGGCACAUUCAGUGAGAAUGAUACAGUUGCUCAAAUCGUUCGAUGCUCAUUCGACAUCCAUGUGGAAGAUAUCAUUGGAACACUGAUUGUGGGCGCCACACUGGUUAUGCUUCAUCCAGAAGGACCCAUGGACUUUGAAUACCUAGGUCAAGUGCUCGUCGAUCAUCAUGUAACAUACAUACAUGCGGUGCCGACGUUAUUGACUGCUUUCUUCAUCUAUCUUCAACAGAAUGGCAAAAGAUGCGCAGCAUCAUCACUAAGAUCUAUCUGUUGCAUUGGCGAGCCGUUUCCUGUGAAGUUGAUUGCCGUGUUGAAGAAUAGUGUCGAGAGCACGUGUCGCAUUUGGAAUUUAUAUGGUCCCGCUGAAACCACACUGGUUGCUACGUACCAUGUCAUCGCGUUGACAUCGGAGAUGAGGAAUAUCCCGAUCGGUUGGUUGCUUCCUGGUUACCAAUGUGUGAUUGUGGACGAGUUCUCACAGCCAGUCACAGUCGGGGAAGUCGGUGAAUUACUGGUGGGUGGCGUAGGUGUUUUCGCUGGCUAUCUCGGACGUAAGGAUCUGACAGACAAAGCACUCGUCGACAUAGAUGGCCAAUUAUUCUACCGAACUGGUGAUCUGGUCCGACUCGAAAGGGAUGACUUGCUUUACUAUGUUGGUCGGAAAGACCAUCAGAUCAAACUACGUGGACAACGUCUCGAACCAGGUGAAAUCGAACGAUGUGUGCUCGAAGCAUCGUCACUCAUCACGAGCUGCGUGGUCGUCAAGUGGGGUGAUGAUCACUUAGUCGCUUAUGUGCAAAGUGAUAACAUUAACGAGAAAGAACUUCGCAAACACUGUGAAUCACAUCUCCCUUCGUACAUGGUUCCAUCAGUGUUCACCGUGCUCAAACAACUACCACUCAACGCUAACGGUAAAGUGGAUCGACAACUCCUUCCCAUCCCAAACUUUUCGCCAUCGACGACUUUUAAUAAUGAACAUUGUGGUCCACUAACACCGCUCGAAGAACUUCUAGCGGCUGUUUUUGUUCGAGCUUUCCACGUUGAAGCACUCAAUGUGAAUGCUUCUUUCGGGCAGCUCGGUGGAACGUCGAUAGAUGCAAUUUUUGCUUUGUCUUUGAUUCGACAGGAAGUCUACCCAAAUAUGGAGAUCGGCCUUCUUCUCGAGAAUCCUUCGGUACGGCAACUGGCACGAGCCCUUCAACCGUUGCUCGUGGGUAAACCAGACGAAAAUGAAGAAGAAAAAGAAGUCCAGAGAACAGAAACGAUAGCGCAGCUGAUUGAAGAUCAACGCCGACCAGCACCAUCCUUGUUUAUCGAGGCAGUGGGCAUUGUGUUUCUUAUAUGUCAAUGGCUAUAUCCAAUACUAAUAGCAUACUACUCUUCGUACCGGUUGACAUGUUUGCUUGUACCUGUGAGCCAUUUAUUAUCGUAUGUCGUUUGCCGACGUCUGCUAUUUUGGUCCAACGAAGAGUCGGAGCGCAUUGACCUGUUAUACUCAUGGCGAUACUAUCGAUGGCUGUUUUUGGAGCGACUCUGGUCGAUAAACAACUCCUACUGGUUGCAACACUUGUUGGGUACGUCUUUCUACAAUUCCUAUCUUCGACUGUGCGGUGCUCGCGUCGGCCGUGGAGUGCAGAUUUAUUCGACGUGGAUUGACGCCCCUUGGUUGCUCGAUGUGGGUGAGUCGACGUUCAUCGGCAGUGGCACCAUAGUGUCAAGUUUACUCUAUCAUGAUCAAGCGUACGAACUUCAGCCGAUUUCGAUCGGAUCGCACUGUUCCAUUGGCACUCGUUGUGUUCUUUACGGUGAAGUCAAAAUGCAAGAUUAUGUGCACAUGGAAUCGAUGUCGGUUGUGACAGGUUGCUAUUCGUCGGCAAAUGGACAUGCAUCAAUCAAAGAUCGGUCUUUUGCAUGGCACCAAACCGUCUAUCAACUGGUGUGUCUUCUCUGUCUUGCUACCAUUCAUGGUACUCUACUAGCUCUGGCCUCUCUUGUCUAUGGAUUCUUCGUGGCCUUGUGGGUGCCUGCGGCGAUGGCUCUCGCUUUGAGCUGGCUGUUUUGGAGUAUAACUGGCCUCUUCGUCGUUUUGUUCUCGCUGAAGUUUAUCGUCGGUCCUCUGACACCCGGCAAAUAUUCUAUCAACUGCUAUAGUUUCUUGCACAAACUGUGGCUGCGUCAACUGUUAAUUUCAUCGUUUCAUCACUCAUAUGAAGUUUUAUCUUCUUUUAAUGCCAUCUCAAAUGUUCUUCUUCGUUGGUUGGGUGCACACAUUGAGCACGAUGUGAAACUGGCAGAAUUUCAACCUGUUCUGCAAUUUCCGUCGAAUCUUCUUAAAAUCGAACGCAGCGCGACAACUUUUGCAGGAGUUACGCUUGCUCCAUUUGAAGUAACAUCAGCCGGCGAUUGUCAUGUUGACAUCAUCACUCUCGGCUCAGCUACGAACCUUGGCAAUGUUUGCACGCUCUUGCCUGGUGUACGGCUUGCGCCUAAUACAGUCGUCGGUAAUUUGACUCGAGUCACAGAAGAAACGCAAUGUUCAGUUGCCAAUACAGUUCUACUCGGAAUUCCCAGUCGUCCAAUGCCAUUUGUAAUGCCGGAUCCGACGACAUUCACCAAAGAUGCGUCUUUACCCGCCUUCCCGUUCUUGCACACCCUCAUGGCGAACUGCUCCGUAUUCUUGUUCGGCAAAUUUAUAUUCAUCGCAACUUAUUCGUUGCUCCCUACUAUUAUCGCACCAUUUGUUCAAGUGAUCAUCUCGUGUGUCGCGUACCACUGUUUAGUUGCACUCAUGGGAACAAAAUCAACUCUAACCUAUUCGGAAACAAUUACUCACGUGCACCAGUUUAUCAGCACGAUUAUGUCUCAACUGAACAUGUUUGUCGGUCCGUUCCUUUCACAAACACAAUAUCUUGUUUUUCUGUUGCGCGCUCUCGGUGCUCACAUUGGACGAGACGUCAUUCUGCCGAAUCUCGGUUGUUUAACUGAUCCUCAUCUGGUCACCAUUGGCGACCAUGUCCGUCUACAUUCUGGGGCGUCGCUUCAGUCUCAUACAUUUGAGCAACGCUUGUUCAAAUUGGCGCCAGUUACUGUGAACCAGUCGAGUGUAUUGAUGAGUUAUUCGAAUGUGCUCGCUGGAUCAACGCUUCAUGGACGAAAUCGUCUUCUACCCUUCACACUCGUCAUGAAGAACGACCAACUGGCUCUCAACACGAUGAAAACUGAAGAAGGUAUUUAUAUGGAUGAAUCCAAUGCGAAUGACUCUCUAUUGAUCGCAUCGAACAAAAAUGUCGAACAAUCAACAGUAGCAACCAAACGAUCUUUGCAAUCUGUCCCAUUUUUUAGUUUGUUCCGGCAAUAA